AGUGAACUAACAAAGAAGAGGUUUGUCAAUUGCCAAAGAGUUAGGAAACGUGGCCUUAGCAAAAGAGAACCCAACAUAAUAGAAACAAGCAAUCUUGAAAGACCGCAAAUAGCGUACACGACUCCGUUGGGUUGGUGGAUAACUUGCAAACAUGGCCGAUGUUAAUCAAGGAUCGGUUUUACCAAGCGAAACUUCACCUCCCGUUCUGGACGGACUGAAUGCAACCGACUCAAAUGGUACCGAAGCUGUCAACGCGACUGUGGCCAAGUUUGUGGCAACACCGGAGGGAACGGCACUGGCAUAUGGCAGCCUUGUGUUCAUGGCUCUGUUGCCCAUCUUCUUCGGUGCACUGCGGUCAGUCAGCUGUGGCAAAAGCAAGGUAUUGUUAACAUGAAUGCAAUUUACAAGCUAGCUAGGUAGUUUACGCAGCUAACAGUGGGAACCUAGCUAGCUAACUUGGUUCCUGUUAGGCAAUAAAGAAAGGAUGCAACGAUCCUCAUUCACCUGUCAGUAGUCUGUCCAGGGUGCAACACUAGCCAGUUGUCACUCACGUUCCACAUUCCGUGUUUCUGUUCCACAUCCAGACAAGUCUGAUGUAGCUAGUCAGCCAGUUAUCUAAUCAUGGCUAAGGUAACUACAAUGAAUGACUGGCAGGCCUUGACUGGGGCUGUCAAUGCGCCAAAUGUUAAGCCGAUUUGCCUGGUAGUUUACUCUUAGCUAACUAGAUUCGUUUAUUGUUGAUAGUAGCCAAUACUAUUUUUAAUCAUGACAUUUACCUAGUUGGCAAGAUGUUAUUCGAAUCAUUGAUUUCAGCCAGGAGGGUGCCACUGCCAAGUCUUGUGCGAGUAGUAGGUGAUUGAGAGAUGUGUGCAAGGUUCAGUUUUUAUAAAAAUGUGUUUCUUCUCUAAGGUACCUGGGCUCAAUGUAUAGUAGGAAUAUGCUAAUCAUAGUUUGAUUCUCUUAAUUACACGUGUCCUUACUGCCAUCACUUCUGGUCUUUCAGUCGGUGGGUGGACGGAAACGGAUGAUGCAUGACUUGGUUGUCUGAUGACAUGACCGAUUAGAGAGAACAGGCUUUUUGAGUGACGUGAAACUAAACUAGCUACUUUUCUGUUGGUGUGUUGAACUAACUUGCACUCUACUAACGAGCUUUUCAUUUGUGGUUGGUUGCUGCCUCAUCCAGAAUCUCGGCUGGCGCUUACUAUAGAUUACUUACUAACGUUAUGCUCUUACAAUAUACUCCGCUAAUGACUUUCUGUGCACUUAUUUCGUCCUUAGGUUGCUGGAGAAAAUGGUUGCGAUUAUGAGUACAGAGUGAGUAUUAGAACUGAUACUCAGAACAGUCAGUCGACAGUAUUUUCUAUUUUAGCUUAACUAUUUUUUUUUUUUACUGACACCUCAUUGUUCGUGGCAGUCUGGAAGAUGGGGGGGCGGGGGGGUGGUGGCGGGGGGGGCUACAGGUUAAUAAUCAAUGAGGAUGUGGGUCCGUUUCGUGUACAGGGCAAGUCCCCUGGACCAGAAUCACACUGAACAGGGUGGGUGUAAGCUGAAAAGGUUCAAGGACUGUGCUAUAGAAUAAACUGGCACAGAAGGUGAUACAUUUAGGCCUCUAGAAUAUAAUAUAAUAAUUUGCCAUUUAGCAGACGCUUUUAUCCAAAGCGACUUACAGUCAUGUGUGCAUACAUUUUUUACGUAUGGGUGGUCCCGGGGAUCGAACCCACUACCCAGGCAUUACAAGCGCCAUGCUCUACCAAUUGAGCUACAGAGGACCAAUCUACUGGACAUGUGGUCUUUAGAGUUGGAUGGAAUGAAUCGCUUGCCCUUUGCAGUCCUGUCUUGUUCCUUGCUGCUCAUCGCACCACAUUGACCCAUUUUUAAAUUCUAUUCCCUGUGCAGAUUUGCUAAUUUAAUUCAGAUAGGCCUAUCUCUAGUGGGACAUGAACAUGUAACCUGCCUGAGUUUGUCAUUCACCUAACUACUUAUUUUGUGAAGAAUUAGUCUGUAAUGCGAUGAGCCACUAAAGGUUAUGACUGUGUUUUUAGAGGCAGGUUGAUAUUAAAUUAAGACAUUCUAGUGCUUUCUCUUUUGAAGAGGAACUUUGGCAAUGUGCAUUGAAACAAUUUUUUUUUCUGGAUCAAAAUGGGGCUGAGGUAGGCCCUCCUGUUGGACGCAGUGACAAAAUGUAGCCGUUUUUAAAGCUAAUUUCCUGCUAUUCUACACACUGGACAUAGGCGACCUGUGUAAAAAAUAAAAUAAAUACCCCCAAUACUUUUCUGUGCAGAAAAAAACCCUGCAUAUUGAUUCAUUUAUGUUUUGAAGGAACUUAGGAAGUGCGCUGCUUAUGCUCGUCCACUCACAACAACCCUCGUUUCUCUCCCCAGAACUCCUCAGACAUGCCAGAGACCAUCACAGGUAGAGAUGCUGCACGGUUCCCCAUCAUCGCCAGCUGCACCCUUUUCGGCCUCUAUCUCUUCUUCAAAGUGAGUGUCAUCACCCCCACCACCUCUCUCUGCGUCACUUGUGUUUUGUCCUGAAUCAUUUCCUGCAGUAUUACAAUUGAAUAAGCUACUGCUUUCCCCUCCAACAAUCUCCCGCAUAGCUCUGUACCUCUGCUUUACCAUACGAUCAGCUGUAUCUGCGUUAAUCCUUCCUUGCACGCCAUGCUCACAUCAUGCAUGCUCUGUCGUUAUUGAUUCCCCUUUUCAGCUCCCUGAGACUAGUGGUGGGAUACUGUAUGUUGGGGAGUAGUACUAAAUUGGAUUUGUUUCAAUCAUAGAUUUUCUCACAAGAGUACAUCAACUUGCUGCUGUCAAUGUAUUUCUUUGUCCUGGGGAUUUUGGCACUGUCUCAUACAAUGAGGUGAGGCUUGUUUGAUCACUUUAUUAGGUUCUCCUUUCACUUUAUAUGACAUUGAUAUAGCCUGAUUAAACAGUCUCAACAUAAUUUCUGCCCACCGUCUCUCCAUUAGUCCCUUCAUGAACAGGAUCUUCCCUGCUAACAUUCCCAUCAAGCAGUACCAGCUGCUCUUCACUCAGGGCUCAGGAGAGACCAAAGAAGGUGAGGAUGAAACGGAAUGAGAGCUAGAAACAGUAAUGUGGUUAAUACACUGUAAAAGCACACGUUUAACAUCAGUCACUGAUGAUCCUCCCUCCAACAGAAAUAGUCAACUAUGAGUUUGACACCAAGGACAUGAUCUGCCUGGUCAUCAGCACUGUGGUUGGGGUUUGGUACGUCCUCAAGAAGGUCAGUUAAAGUUACACUACAGUAUAUUAAUGUAGUGUAUUUUGCCUUUUUAUGGUGUUGCAAUUUUGUUGGUAGUGUAGAGGGUAAUGGUGUAAGCUUACAGUUAGUCCUAGAUAAAAAGUUGAAGACACCAAAUGGUCAGGCUGGAGUUCGUUGCAGAACAUUCCCUCAGUUUAAUACUCUGUGGUUGUGUUCAUCUGAGUUUGUCUUAGAAUAAUAUAUGCCAUUUAGAAAACUAUUUUAUCCAACGUGACCUAGUCAUGCGUGCAUACAUUUUAUGUUUGGGUUCCUAGUCUUCUGUAUGUGUGGGUGUUAUGUAUGUUCUUCUUUGAACAUGUGUUCUUUGGUUCUUCCCAGCACUGGAUUGCCAACAACCUCUUUGGCUUGGCGUUUGCCCUGAAUGGGGUGGAGCUUCUGCACUUGAACAACAUCAGUACUGGCUGCAUCCUGCUGGGGGGACUGUUUGUGUAUGAUGUCUUCUGGGUAAGUCUGCCACCUGACCCCAAUACUGUACUACUAGGUUAUACACCAGAGGGGGACACUACAACGCAGAAUCAAUGAGUUAUCCAGCUACUUUGAUAAACAACCAAAAAUAACUUGAUGUUCAGGUUCAUUAAGAAAGCUAAACUUCUAUGUGUUUUUGGUUGUUGGGUCAAUUAGACCAUGCCAAUUUAAAAUGUAUCUUAAAUAUCUCUAUAGAUAGAUAUAUAUCCAAAUGUUUAGACGAGUUAGCUGGCUAACUCAUUGAUUCUGCUUUGUAGUAAACCCCUCAGGCCCAGUCAAAGCGUUAAGCUGGGAGGAUGAGUCACUUGAAUAAACACAACCGUUAUCCCUGUAGGUGUUUGGCACCAAUGUCAUGGUUACCGUGGCCAAGUCGUUCGAGGCACCCAUUAAGUGUGAGUAAAGGGACUUUUAUUUAUUUAUUGUGAAGUCAAUGCAGUCAAUAAUUAUAGACAGUAUUUAAUGUGUAACUUUACUUUAAUGGGUGCUAUGUAAAUGUCUGUUAGACAUGCACUUCACUUUUUGUUAGACUGCCUGUGAAAAGCUGCAUCUAUCAAAUCAAAGGUGUGUUGACUAAGUGAAAUGCUUACCUACGGGCCCGUCCCAACAAUGCAGAGAGAAGGAAAAUGGAGAAAUAAUAGAAAAGUAAAACGCGUAAUAAUAUAUACACAAUGAGUAACGAUAACUUGGCUAUAUACACGGGGUACCAGUCCCGACUUGAUGUGCAGGGGUGUGAGGUAAUUGAGGUAGAUAUGUACAUAUAACUAGGAAUAAAGUGACAGAUCGUAAACAGUAGCAGCAGCAGCGUAUGUGAUGCGUAGAAGUUAGUGCAAAAAACGGUAAAUGUAGAUAGUCUGGGUACCAUUUGGUUAACGAUUUAGCAGUCUCAUGGCUUGUGGUUAGAAGCUGUUCAGGGUCCUGUUGGUUUCUAGACUUGGUGCAUCGGUACCGCGCUGGCCAAGAGAAGCAUAGAGAAGUCUGACUUGGGUGUCUGGAGUCUGACAAUUUUUAGGGCCUUCCUCUGACACCGCCUGGUAUAGAGGUCCUGGAUGGCAGGGAGCUUGGCCCCAGUGAUGUACUGGGCCGUACGCAGUACCCUCUAGCGCCUUGCGUUCGGAUGCCAAGCAGUUGCCAUACCAAGUGGUGAUGCAGCCAGUCAAGAUGCUUUCAAUGGUGCAGCUGCCCAUGCCAAAUCUUUUCAGCCUCCUGAGGGGGAAGAGGCGUUGUCGUACCCUCUUCACGACUAUGUUGGUGUGUUUGGACCAUGAUAUAUCCAUAGUGACGUGGACACUGGGAAACUGAAGUUCUCGAACCACUCCACUACAGCCCCGUCGAUGUAAAUGGGGGCGUGCUAGCCCCUCCGUUUCCUGUGGUACACGAUCAACUCCUUUGUCUUGUUUAUGUUGUGGGAGAGGUUGUUGUCCUGGCACCACACUGCCAGUUCUCUGACCUACUCCCUAUAGGCUGUCUCGUCGUCGGUGAUCAGGCCUACCACCGGCGUGUUGUCGGCAAACUUAAUGAUGGUGUUGGAGUCGUGGGAGAACAGGGAGUACAGGAGGGGACUAAGCAGGCACCCCUGAGGGGUUUCCCUGAGUUGAGGGUCAGUGUGGCGGAUGCGUUGUUGCCUACCCUCCCAUCAGGAAGUCCAGGAUCCAGUUGCAGAGGGAGGUGUUCAGUCCCAGGGUCCUUAGCUUAGUGAUGAGCUUGGAGGGCACUAUGGUGUUGAACGCUGAGCUGUAGUCAAUGAACAGCGUUCUCACAUAGGUGUUCCUUUUGUCCAAGUGGGAAAGGGCAGUGUGGAGUGCAAUAGAAAUUGCAUAAUCUGUGGAUCUAUUGGGGCGGCUUGGGUCUGGGAUGAUGAUUGUGUUGAUGUGAGUCAUGACCAGCCUUUCAACGCAUUUGUCUUCAGAUGUGAGUGCUACAGGUUGAUAGUCAUUUAGGCAGGUUACCUUGGCGUUCUUGGGCACAGGGACUAUGGUGGUCUGCUUGAAACAUGUAGGUAUUACAGACUGGGUCAGGGAGAGGUUGAAAAUGUCAGUGAAGACACUUGCCAGCUGGUCAGCGCAUGCUUGGAGUUCGUGUCCUGGUAAUCCGUCCGGCCUUAUGAAUGUUAACCUGUUUAAAGGUCUUACUGAGAUCGGCUACGGAGAGCUUGAUCACACAGUCGUCCGGAACAGCUGGUGCUCUCAUGCAUCGUUCAGUGUUGCUUGCCUCGAAACGAGCAUAAAGGCAUUUAGCUUAUCUAGUCUAGUAGGCUCGCGUCACUGGGCAGCUCGCAGCUGGGUUUCCCUUUGUAACCCGUGAUAGUUUGCGAGCCCUGCCACAUGCGACAAGCGUCGGCGCCAGUGUAGUAGGAUUCGAUCAUAAUCCUGUAUUGACGCUUUGCCUGUUUAAUGGGGCGGCAGGUAGCUUAGUGGUUAAGAUGGUUGUGCCAGUAACCGAAAGGUCGCUGGUUCUAAUCCCCAAGCCGACUAGGUGAAAAAUCUGUCGACGUGCCCUUGAGCAAGGCACUUUACCCUAAUUGCUCCUGUAAGUCGCUCUGGAUAAGAGCGUCUGCUAAAUGACUAAAAUGUAAAUGUUAAUGUUUUGACAGGUGUAGCAGGAUUUCUUAUAAGCGUCCGGGUUAGUGUCCCGCUCCUUGAAAGUGGCAGCUCUACCCUUUAGCUCAGUGCGGAUGUUGCCUGUAAUCCACGGCUUCUGGUUGGGAGAUGUAUGUACGGUCAAUGUGGGGAUGACGUCGUCGACACACUUAUUAAUGAAGCCGGUGACUGAUGUGGUAAACUCCUCAAUGCCAUCGGAUGUGUCCCGGAACAUAUUCUAGUCUGAACAUAUUCCGUAUUGAACGCAUCACUGGUACUUCCUAUGAGUUUUUGCUUGUAAGCAGGAAUCGGGAGGAUAGCGUUAUGAUCAGAUUUGUGAAAUGGAGGGCGAGGGAGAGCUUUGGAUGCGUCUCUGUGUGUGAAGUAAAGGUGAUCCAGUUUUUUUUGUUGCCUCUAAAUGCACAGGUGACAUGCUGGUAGAAAUGAGGUAAAACAGAUUUCAGUUUUCCUGCAUUAAAUGACCGUACCGCCACUAGGAGGGCCGCCUCUGGAUGAGCAUUUUCUUGUUUGCUUAUGGCCUUGUACAGCUCGUUGAGUGCGGUCUUAGUAACAGCAUCGAUUUGUGGCGGUUAACAGAUGGCUGCAAAAAAUAUAGAUUAGAAGAAGGUAAAUAGUACGGUCUACAGCUUAUCCAUGAGGUAUUCUAUCUCGGGCAGGCAGAACCUUGAGACUUCCUUAAUAUUACAGAUUGCGCACCAGCCCUCUUGCGCUUACGGUGGCCUUUAUAUAUUGCUGUCUCUUCCGAGUGUCGGGAUUAGAGUCUGGUCCGGGGUGAACAGUUUGUCCUGUGCCGCCAACUCGUUGAAGUAGAAAUCUUCAUCCAAAUUUGAAGUUUGUGAUCGCUGCGCUGAUGUCCAGAAGCUAUUUUUUGUCAUAGGAAACACUGGCUGAAACAUUCAGUACAAAAAAAAGUUAAGAUCAGCGAAAAAAUCUGACAAAAUAGCAGAAUUGGUCAGGAGCCUGUAAAAAAAAUGGCCGCUGUGCAUUCCAGCGCCAUUUUAAUAAUCAUGCCAGUCAGUCACUGUGUCAUCACACUGCUUUUGGUCUCUGUAAUCGGUUCACAUCUGACAUAUGACACAUGAUUUUCUUCCUCUUUCUCCUCCUCCUCUUCUCUCAGUGGUGUUUCCCCAGGACCUGCUGGAGAAGGGUCUGGGUGCCAGUCAAUUUGCCAUGCUGGGCCUGGGAGAUAUUGUCAUUCCAGGCAAGUAAACAUUCUCUUCAGUCAACAGUCGUGUCUAAUUUUACAUACAAGUUGGCUUGACUUGUCCCAUCCACUAGAUAAUGGUAGUACUUCAGCAUUAGAUCCACCUCCAGUAAAGCUUAUUUUCUUCUAAUAGCGCUGUCCCCUUUGUUAAUGUUAAUAUUACGUUUUAUUUUUCAGGGAUCUUCAUUGCUUUACUCCUCCGCUUUGAUGUCAGGUGAGCUCUAACUCCUCUCUUAUAUCAUGGCCCAUGUCCUCCCUACCUGCCAUAUGUUUAAUGUUCUGUCUCUGCUCCCUCCAGUCUGAAGAAGAACACCAGGACCUAUUUCUACACCAGCUUCCUGGCCUACAUCUUCGGCCUGGGCCUGACCAUCUGGGUCAUGCACACCUUCAAACACGCCCAGGUGAGAGAGGCUCUGACUCCCAGGUCACCGUUAUGUCGACUUGGCUGGUACCAACUGGUUGUCUUGUCUCUCUCUCUCUUCCUUCCCAGCCUGCCUUGCUGUACCUGGUCCCAGCCUGUAUUGGAUUCCCAGUGGUUGUAGCUCUGUUGAAAGGAGAACUGACUGAAAUGUUCAGGUAAUAACACCUUCCCUGUUUCCAUCAUGGCAUUUGUUUUUUCAGCCCAGCUCACUCAGGCUCAUCACCAGUGGUAGUGAACGUUUAGCCUGUUUCACCAUGCAGCACCAGAUGGCGAUAUUGAUUGCCUGUCUCGUUUUAGCUUGACAUAAUAUCUGUGCCUCCAAGAUCAUUCAGCAUCGAGACUGUGAGAUGCCUCUUUUUUUUUUUUCCACUGUCUUCACCCGUCAUACAAUUGCUCCUCCAGACUCAAAGAUCAUUGACAUGAUUACAAUAAAUAGAUAUCAUUCCUCUCACCCAGUGCUGCUUGGAGUAUUGUGUGUACUGUAAAUGCCCCGGUCAUGUACCUACUCAUCCAUACACACACAUGCUGGGUCAGGGCCUUGGUCCUCCUAGCUCUGGGGAUGUGGAGGGGUGACUGCUGCCUGUUAGCCAUAAUAACAGUGCUUAGACACCCAGCUGGGGCAACCACCUGCGCAGGGUCUGGGCUGGUGAAGGAGAGGAAACAUUCCCCAAACCUCUCCUGACAGAAAUGUGUCCUUGCUUCAUAAUCAUCAUGGUAACCACAAAGCUGUGACCUUGGGGUGGCACAAAGUAUGUGGAGAGAGGGUAAGAGACCUGGGGGUCAAAGCUGGCAGUGCCAAGGCUUCGUGCCAACCUGCCUGGUCAGUGUACUUUGACUUGUUCCUGUCUGUCACACUGCUGGUGUCUCGGACUAGACACACUUUACAUUCACUUCUUUACCCUCUCGCCCGCCCAUUUUGUUCGUCAUGUCUUUCCUGGUCUCCUUAAAAUAUAUUUAUGUUAUUUUCUGCCCCUCUGACAGGUAUGAGGAAGUGUCUGCGGAAGAUGCUGCAGCUAAAGAAGACACCUCAGAGGUUAAGAAAAAAGACAAAUGACGGCAAAGGUCUUAGAAGCUGGUCCAUCACUCUCUAGCACCACAUUCACAGCAGCCCACCUCUCUAUACACAUCCAAGGAGGGUCUUCAUGUUUCCCAUGAGUCGUGUGCUGUACAUGAAAAUGGCUGAUUUUAAUUAAAUAACUGUUUUAGCAUUGGGGAUAUUUUGUAGUUUAAGUGGUUUGUAAAACAGCUUUUCGGUGCGUAUGUUUCCCUUCUUGUUUUGUAUUCAUUUCCUUUUUGCAUUCUCAUAUGAUAUUUCUUGUUUUUAUUUCACUUGAAAGGCCAGAAUUGUUUUAAUCAAAGAAGUUUUACUAUUGUUUUGUUUUGGGGGGAAUCUUGAGAAAUCACAGGAAGCUGAACAUUUUUGAAAUUGCUCUCGGAGUCUCAGAUGUGUUUUUAUAAAGAUUGUUUAGUUUGGUUUCUGCACCAAGUCUAGUCUUGGUUUCAUAUAGAAAUCCCUUCCUCAUCGAGAAUGUGAAACAUCAUAGGACGAUGUAAGGGAGGCUAGAGAUGAGUCUACGAUUGUCAUACACAUGCUUUAUAAGGAACUUCACCUUUGCCACGGUCCUCUGGUCUGGAAGUAAGCCUAAAGACCUACCAUUCUCAAGGUAUAAUUGUGCCAAUUUAGUAGUGCAUGUAAUUACAUGUCACCUGACAUGUUGGUCAGUGUAACGGUAAUAAUUGUUCCGAAUUCAGAUCAGUGCAUUAAGGAAGUAACUGAACUUGGGCGAUCAAGAUAUCACAUUUUGAUAUUUGUAUGGACAUUUGCUAUGACACUGCUAUUUCUGUGAGUCCUACUCAUUCAUAUCCAAUCAGAGGAGUCUGUUAUAUGGAGAUGAAUUAUUGUAGGAGUUGUCCUGUGCAGUGACUGAGAGGUACCUGCAGGUGGAGACGGUGUCAAUUGAACCAUGUCUCCUCAGAGAGUGGAGACCCAAGGGACAAAAUAAUUCCUCUUGCUUUAGGUUGUGAUUGUUUUGCUUUGAUCAUGUAUUCUGGCCUUUUGCAGAAUGUGGCAGUGCGUUUCAGGCCCAGAUAGACGGGGGGGGGGGGGGCUUUUUCGUGUUAGGGAUUUAAGAUUGAGCAGUUUUGUAGUAAUGAGUUUAGGUGAAGUUCAUGCCCUGCCUGGUGAAGUUCAGUAACCCUGCUAUCAUUUCAAAUAAAUAUACUUUUUUUUUUCUCCUAUUGUACUUGUGCAAGUCAGAGUUUUAUUAUGACCCUUUGUUCACGAUCUGAUAUGUCAUCUAUUUUUAUUUGCAAUAAAUGUUGGUGUAUAUCACCGUAGAGGAGCA